AAAUAGCAUUUUCCAACCCUUUGAUUGUUUCUUUUCUUGACUUUGCAAAAACACAUUAAUAACCAACCAAGGAAGGCCCCAUCCACCAUCAUCAUCACCACCACCACAACCACCGCCUACCGCCGGGCCCACCGAAUCAUCAUCAUCAACUCACCACUCACCAUCACCAAAAGAUCCGUAUAAUAUACCUCCACCCCUUCUUUUCAAUUUCAAAAAAAAAAAAAAAAAUCAUAUCUUUUUAUUCUUUUUCAAACACCCAAUUCACAAUUAAUCCUAAACACCCAAAAAUCAAAUCUUUUUUUAAUCUUUUUCAUAUACCCAAUUCACAUUUAAUCCAAAACACCCAGAAAUCAAUCAUCUUUGUUCUUGAAUUUCUCUCACCCUGAAUAAAAGAUUCUUUCUUGGUGAGAGAAUAAGCAGGUGGGGAUGUGGGUUUGUUUUGAUUUGAUUUAAUUUAAUUACCCCAAAAAACAUUUAUUUAUUUUUUAAUUUUUAGGUCAUAGAUUCUCUCUGGAAGACAUAGAAUUAUAUACCCUUUUGAUGGCAUGAUUUGAUUUGAUUCAUCAAGAAUUCAAGAUCUGUUUAUAUCUCCAAUUGAUCAAAGGAUUGCUUUGAUAUGGGGAAUAAUAAUUGUAUAUAUGGAGUCAUCUUGUUCAUAAAAGCUUGUUGCUUGUGAUCGAAUAUUCGAAUCGAAAACCGUCUUAGGGUAGGUUAUUUUAGAGGGCAAGAAUGGAUGAUGAUGCUAAUUCUUGGAUUAGAAGAGCAAAGUUUUCUCAUACAGUUUGUCAUAGGUUAGAUUCCGCAAGAUUAGCCUCAUAUUUAACGGAUGUUGAACCGAUUCGAUUCGCGGGUGUGAAGACCCGGCCUCCGAAAGCUCUUGGUGAGCCGAAACCGGUUCAAAUCCAAACAAACCCCGUGACAAACAAGUCUAGAACCGUAACCCCGCCACCCAAAACGACGGUUCCCGACACCUUUAAGGAGGCACGGUCUAAUACCAAACGGUUCUCGACUCCACAUCCUCAAAGGGUAGAAAGCGAAAAAGGGUAUAAAGGGAAGAAAACGUUUAAUAGGAACAUGACAGCGGUUGACAUGAGGUCUCCGCAAAAUGGUGCUGCGAGUCCUUUGAAACAUUUUAAUUCCAUGAAGAUUAGUAGUACUAAACGAAAGAUGAAACGGGAUUAUUCUUGGUCAAAGUUGUUUGAUAACGGCGGAGGGAAAGUUAUUUCGGUUGAAAUGGUUGACGAUCAUAUGGUUGAUCUUUCGAAGCUUUUUCUUGGUCAUAGAUUUGCUCAUGGUGCAAAUAGUCAACUUUACCAUGGAAUUUAUAAGGAUGAACCCGUAGCGGUUAAGAUAAUUCGGGUUCCUGAUGAUGACGAAAAUGAAGAACUAGUAAUUCGACUUGAGAAUCAGUUUGCAAGAGAAGUUAAUCUUUUGUCUCGUCUCCACCAUCCAAAUGUCAUUAAGUUUGUAGCUGCUUGUAGACAACCUCGGGUUUUCUGUAUUAUCACCGAGUACCUUUCAGAAGGUUCAUUAAGGGCGUACUUGCAUAAGCUCGAGGAUAAUACGGGAAAAGAGAAGGAAUAUCUUCCGUUAGAAAAGCUUAUCAAGAUGGCUUUAGACAUUGCUCGUGGAAUGGAAUACAUCCAUUCGCAGGGCGUUAUUCACAGGGAUCUGAAGCCUGAAAAUAUACUAAUAAGUGAGGAUUUCCAGCUUAAAAUUGCCGAUUUUGGCAUCGGUUGUGAGGAGGCGUAUUGCGAUUUUUUGGCAGAUGAUCCUGGAACUUACCGUUGGAUGGCUCCCGAGAUGAUUAAACGGAAAUCCUACGGUCGGAAAGUUGAUGUGUACGGAUUUGGGCUCAUUUUAUGGGAGAUGGUGGCCGGGACUAUUCCAUAUAAAGAUAUGACUCCGAUACAAGCUGCAUUUGCCGUAGUUCAUAAGAAUCUACGACCGACUAUUCCGGCUAACUGUCCUCCAGCAAUGAGAGCAUUAAUCGAGCAAUGUUGGUCAUCACACCCGGAGAAAAGGCCCGAAUUCUGGCAGGUGGUGAAGGUGUUAGAGGAGUUUGAAACAUUAGUCGCUCGCGAAGGAAAUUUGGAUCUUUUACAAUACCCGACAUGUUUAGAUCAUAAGAAGGGGCUUCGUCACUGGAUUCAAAAGCUCGGCCCUCAUCAUCAUCAACACCAUCAUCAACAAUCCAACCCGCCCAUGCCUAAACCGAGGUUUUCAUGAAACUUUUUGCAAUGUAAUUAAACCGCGGAGUGUUUGUUUUUGUCCUCUGUUAUCGUUUUCUUAUGUGAAUGUUUAGUUUUUACCGGUACAUUGAUUGAUGUGAAUGAUUGCUUACAGAAAACCCGAAACAUAUUGAUUCGGUCAUAUUAUAACGGUGAAUAUGAUUCUGGAGAUUGGAUUAUGGUAUUUA